UAAGAGGGCAGGGAGAGUUUAUGGCAGGCCUCUCAGAAGGAGGGCAGCGCCUGGGCAGGGCCAGGAGGAGCUGGCCACGGAAGGUGAUCCAUGAGCUGCUUCAUCUUCCCUCCGGGCCUGCUGCAUCCACAGGGCCCGCCGGGAGGCCCCAGCCCCUCCGAGACGGGAAGCCAGACCCUCUGACGGGGUGGUGGUCGCUGGCUCAGGGACCCGAGACCCCAGCUGGACCCUCCUGCCUUCUUUCUCCACAGAAGCGGGGAAGCGGGAGCUCGAGCCCUCAGGCCGCCACUGAGCCCGAGCCACUCCUCGCCGGGACAGGAUGAGACCUUCAGGACUGUUUCGUCUCCUGGCCUUCGUCAUUGUCCUGAUCACCUCAUUGAUCUUUAUCCGCAGCUACAUCAGCCUCAGCAUGAAAACCAUCCGUCUGCCCCGCUGGCUGGGCUGGUCUGUUCCCUUACCAGGGGUCGUGAAGGUCAAGUGUGACCUCAGCAAGCCCUGCCCAGACAACUUCUUUGCCUUUAAAAUCUUCAGCGGGGCCGCCAACGUCGUGGGCCCCUCCAUAUGCUUCGAAGACCACAUGAUCAUGAGUCCUGUGAAAGACAACGUGGGCAGAGGCCUGAACAUCGCCCUGGUGAACGGAACCACGGGGAAGGUGCUGAGUCAGGCCAGCUUCGACAUGUACUCCGGAGACCCUGAGCUCCUGGUGAAAUUCCUUAAAGCAGUUCCAGAGGACGUGCUGGUGCUAGUGGCCUCCUACGAUGACCCGGGGACCAAGAUGAAUGAUGAGCUCCGGACGCUCUUCUCCAACUUGGGCAGCUCCUACGCGAAGCAGCUGGGCUUCCGGGACAGCUGGGUCUUCCUGGGGGCCAGAGACAUCAGUAACAAAAGCCCCUUUGAGCAGUACUUAAAGAACACCCCCGACACGAACAAAUACGAGGGCUGGCCGGAGCUGCUGGAGCUGGAGGGCUGUGUGCCCCGGAAGGUGUUUUAGGGCUGCGGCUCCUCCUGGCAGCCGCCAGCGGGACUGGAUGGAGCUGAAGGACAACGGACAGCGGGCAGCGCAGGGUGAGGCCGGCCCAGCAGCAUGAAGGUGCUGAGGAUCCCCGCCCUCUCUGCAGCUUCCCCUCCCGGCGAACGCAAGCUCCGAUGGGCGAUGGACGAUGGGCAGCUGUCCCGCCUGGAGGUGGCCAGCCUCGGAGGGUCCCUCCGGAGCCGCUGUCGGUGGAGGGAACAGGUGCUUUCCCUCGGGAACUCUGGCCGUUGCCCCGAGAGAGGGCGGACUGCCCGCCGGGCAGAAUUAAAUUCUAUUUUUGCUCACGUUGAA